AUGGAUUGGCAGUAUCAGCUUGCCUCCAUUCGAAGGUUGCUGUUCAGUCAUGAUAAGAGAAACAGCGAUAAGGAAGCAAAAAAGGGAGCAGAUGCAGAAAACAGUGAUAAAAGAAGGCAAAAGAAAGAACAAAUGCGCAGAGCUAGGGUUGCUACGGGAACAAAAAUUCAAUCUUUAAGGAAUAAGCUAUGCCCGGAUAAUCUUAUCCGGGUUUUGGAUACCACCGUGACUUUCAACUCUGCUGUGAAGAUAUUCAAAUGGGUAUCUCUCCAAAAAGGGUUUCAACACACUGCUGACACUUAUUGUAAGAUAAUUUUGAAGCUGGGUUUGGCUGGAAAUGUUGAACAAAUGGAGGGGUUUUGUCAAAAUAUGGUAGAAGAUAAGUGCCCAAAUGCAAAAGAAGCUCUUAUUUCAUUAGUUGAAUUGUUUGUUAAACGUUGUAGGGUGAAUGAGGCAAUAAGGGUUCUUGUGAGUAUGAAUUUGGGUGGUUUUAAGCCCUCAGUUGAUGUAUUUAAUGUAGUGUUGUGCGCCAUUGUGAAGGAGAAGAGAGGUUUUGAGGAUGUGGCGUUUAUUCAUAAGAAGAUGGUGAAAGCAGGAGUUGUGUCAAAUGUUGAUACUUUGAACUUUUUGUUGGAGGUUUUGUUUGAAACUGGUAGGAUUGAGUCUGCUUUGGAUCAAUUUAGGAGAAUGAACAAGAAAGGGUGUAGUCGUAAUAGUAGGAGUUAUGAGAUAGUAAUAAAGGGUCUUAUUUUGAGCGAUCGAGUGGAUGAUUCGGUUAUCGUUUUAGGUGAGAUGUUUGAUGUUGGAUUUGAGCCUGAGUUGAGUUUCUAUACCUGUAUAAUACCAUUGUUUUGUUGGGAAAAUAAACUAGAGGAGGGAAUCCGAUUGUUCAGGAUGAUGAGAGCUUCAAAUCUUUUGCCGGAGGAGUUGACUUAUAGGGAGUUGAUUAGAUGCAUGUGUGAGAACCAUAGAUUAGAUGAUGCAAAUAAUCUUCUUGAAGAGAUGACAGGAAAUGGUAUAACACCGGCUGUUGAUGUGCUUGUUGAUAUAGUAGUAGGACUUUGUGUAAUGGAAAAAAUUGACGAGUCUCUGAAUUUCUUGGAAGACAAAUGUGGUUACAUAACUUCUCCGUACAACGCUAUGCUACAACUCACGGACAAAUGUGGAAAGAGGGUCUAA